UCGCCAGCACACCAUCGAUACGCCGAGCUCCUUCCACGCGCGCCUUCUCAAAACCAACCGACAACGACAGGCUGGUCCGGAAAUGACAUGGGUGGUGUCGGAGCAUACGGCGGGUGGCGCCGGCGAGCUUACCGUGAGCAAGGGCCAGCAGGUGGAAGUGCUGGAGGCAUGCCAGGGUCGGCCCGACUGGUGGGUAGUGCGCGUACCGGGCGAGCCGCCGCAGGAGGGCGCCGUGCCCGCUCACGUGCUAAAACCCCAGCCACAACAUCAUACACAGCAGAAGACUUCACCCUCCAGGCGCCCUCUGAGCCAACCCUGUGAAGAGUCUUUAGGUGAGUACCUAUUCUGACACUUACUUACACUUACAU